AUGUCAAAGUCGAAGGAGCCGCCUCUGCCAGAGGAAAUCCGCGUCCGUCUGGACAGCAUGGACGGUAGCGCCACCGCAGAGGCGUGGAAGUCGAUCGGAAAUGAGUGCUUCUCGCACGGUGCCUACCUCAGUGCCAUCCGCUGCUAUACCAAAGCGCUCGAGAAGGGCGAGGACACUGCGGUGGUGCGCAGCAACAGGAGCGCCGCGUACAUCAAGUCCCCCAUGUUUGCUGGGCCGUCCCUCGCGCUAAAGGACGCAGAGCGCGCGGUGGAGCUUGACGCGGGGUGGUACAAGGCGCACCUCCGCGUUGGUGACGCGCAGUUUGCGCGGAAGAAGUACGACGAGGCCAAGGCAGCCUACCAGCGGGCACUGGAGUUGGACAGUAGUUGUUCGGCCGCUGCAGAGUCGCUGCGCCUCGUCGAGCGUGAACUCUUCCUCCGUGGCCUUGAAGCGCAGGAGAAGGAGGCGAGGGAUGACUCGGAUCAGCAGCAGCAGUAUUCGGUGCCAAAAGCAAUGGGCUCGGAUUGGUCAGCGAACUCAACGCUCAGCGGCAACACAAUGACGAUGUCACCGAAGUCAAGUGUUGGGCGGCCGCCGGCGACGGAGGAGGAGAUUGAGCAGCACAUACAGUUGUGGUCGAAGGACACCAUUCCACGUGAGAACCGCACCGCAAUGAAGGCGUUUACUGCCUCCCUUAAUGAGGCCGACCGGAGGGCAGGAGUGGAGUACAAGAGCACGCUCCUUUCGCAGUUCCGCGAAAGACUCGGCACGCAGGUGCCGCUUCGCCAGGGCGUGGAGGAGCGGCACGAGCAAAAUAUGCGAAUGGGUGAGGGCAUCGACUAUCGCAACGCUGAUAGGUAUCGCGCUACGCUGGCCAAAGGCACUGAUGGUGUGGGCCUGGGUAUCUCCACCGACGCGUACAAAUCAUACAAGUACGAAAGCAAGAUGUGGUGA